AACAUAAUAGUUUUCAUUAUGAACAAUGCCAAAAAUAACCUUAAAUUAUAAUUCUCACCUAUUUAAUAUAAAGCACAAAAAUAAAAAUAAAAACACAGCAUAGUCAUCUUGUUUACCUUGAUCUUAUAUCUUUGGCCUCUCAGUAUAAUCUGCUGUCCUGUCAGUAGGAGAAACCUUGGCCUGCAACUGACCAUUUCUGAUGCAUGAUUUCCCUGAUGCAUGGGCAGGUUGUUAAGUUUCAGAAGUUACCAAACAAUUUCCCACAGUUCUGACAUGCAGAGAACCAGCACUAUCUAUCUUGAAAACCUUCAAAUUAUUCCAUGCCACUAAAAGCUUUUUGAAAAGUAACAGAACCAGUGACUAUCUCAGAUCAGGAUAUACUCUGCAAAGUUGUGUGAUUUUCUGUCAUUACAACAACAUACAAAAUAUGCAAUUGCAACUAUGACAAGAAAGGCAGUUUCACUUGAAGUGGUCCACAACUCUGUAUAACUUCUUGAAAUUGCAGCAUCUUUCAGGCAGUGUUUCCUCACUUCUUUUCAGUGUUAUUCAGUGUUUUGGCUUCUCCAUAAAUCUUCAGGCAUACUAAUCUUAUCCUCAAAGCCAUUAUAAUUGAAAUCUUCUCCCAGCUGGGUAUUGUCAUGCAUUUUAUUCUUCUCAAAAAUAAAUUCCUUCAAUACUUGUAGGACAUUAAUACACAUUACCCUGCCCUGUAAGAUGCAUUCAGCGUUUUUUAAAUUCAUAUGUUCAUUUUUUUUAAAGAAAAAGAAUAGUAAUCUAUGUAGUGCAUACAGCUGUACAACUAACUACUGUAGAAAAACACUAAUGUAAGAUAGGCAGCAUUGCUCUUCAUCUGAAAAUAAUUUUAAGCAGUAUUUUAAUUAAGGGAUGUAGUGUCUUAGGUAUCUUUUCAUCAAAGAUGCCUAACAGCCAUUUUAAGAUAUUACUUAGAAAUCUUUGAAAAUUUGGUCCAAAGGAAGAGUAAAAAAUAGCUGCAUUAGUAUCUGUUUUAGCAUUUCUUUAUUUUUUAUGCAGGAGAAAAGCCAAGUCAGAGAGCCUGAAAGUUAGAGAGCAAAAAUAUUUUGGAGAAACUUUCUCACAGUACAUCAUUUUCCCUCCCACACAGAAGAGUGGAACCCAGAUGCCCUCAGGUCUUAGGAAUGAGUAGAAAAAGAAGAAAAAGCUACAAGGGCAGAAAGAGCUCUGAUUCCAGAGAAUAUGAACAGUUGUCAGUCACUUGUAAAUGCCAACAAAAUGUACAAAAUCUUGAAAAUAAAGCAGAUGAGUCUUUGGCUUACUUUCCUGAGCCACUGGAAGUAAAGGGUUCUGAAGAAAAUGGGAAAGAUCAUGAAAUCAAGAAUCGGAGUAGCCCAGAUGCAUCUGAAGACAGAGAACUUGACAACGCCUCAGAUACCAAAAAAGAAGGAAAGAAGGAAAAGAACUGCACUCCUCAAGUGUUCUCUCCUCAGCAAAAUGAAAUCGUAGCUACAGUAACUUUUGGCGAAUCAGAGGAUUCAUCCAUGGGAAAAAUUACAGUGUGGGGCAAACCAGACUCUGCAGAGUCUGCUAGAGUGGUUACUGGAAGAAUUAAUGCAGAAGUAAGUUAUGGCUCCUUUAAGGUGAAAGUCGAAAUUAAGAAUAUUUCUUUGUUUGAUUCUGGAACAAACCUUGUGACUGAGAAAAAGAAAUGUUCGAAGAACAGUAAACAUUGUCAUGAAAGACAAUACCAGAAAAGCCAGUGUUCAAGUUGUCCAAAGUACCAGAGUCCACCAGCUGACCACCUAGUAGUAGACAUUGGGGAAUAUAAGGAAUCCUUUGCACACAAAAUUCAAACUACUGUCAACAAAAAUUCCUUCCUGAAAAUGGACAUUGAAGGAAAGAAUAUUAAAAUGGAGUAUACUAACAGAAAGAAAAAUCUAAAAGUUAACAUCAAACCUGGAGAACAGGUGCAAAGGAAAACUUGCAACAGAGAACAUGAAGAUACAUACUGUAGUGAAACAGAUUAUUCUGUGAAAAAGGCACCUCUUAAUACAGAUUGUGAGACAUGUUUUUGCUUUCAUGAAAAAGAAGACACUGCAUUCCAGGAUGGAUACAUACUUCUCCCUCCACCUAAAGAAUUUGCUGACUGUGACAAAAUGCAUCUAGAUACUGUCACAGAGGGUGUCUCUUCAUACCCUGUUAAUGACAGAAAGGAAUCUGACAGCUUCUCCACAGCCUUGAGAAUUUGGGAGGGAGAAAAUUAUUUCAGUAAACAUAACAAAAACAAAUAUGAAGGCCACAACAAUGAAAAGGAAGAUUUCUCAAAGGAUAAAAUACUUUUCUCAAAAAUGAAUAAUGCAAACUGUCUUGUAGCUAGCAAUACCUUGAAUAAUUCAAAUGUUGGGAAGGAAUACACCAACAGGAAUAGUGCAGCAGGUCAAGAAAGAAAUAACAUUAACAAGCGCAAUGACACAGGUCAAAAACCAGCAAGAAGAAAGUCUUUCCCAGAUACUACCCUUGAUGUGACAUCACCAGUUCAUCCUAGGAGGGAUUCUGGCUUUUAUUCAUUGCCAUCCUUAUCCUUAAAAGUACUGCCUAAGGAGACAAAAGCAGAUAUCUGUUUCAAGAACUCACUUGUUCAUACCAGCUGUACAGAACUUUCUAAAUGCCCUGACUUGACCUCAUCACUAAAAAGUUUGAAUGCUCUUAAGUCUUCAUAUCAGUAUGCUUUCACUUCAUUUGAUCAUAAUGUUACCAUUUAUCCAUCUGAACCUGAUGAAAGUCUAGAUGACACUUGUUUACUGAAUCACUAUGCAGACUAUGUGGAGCAAGGUGAGGAAAUAGAAGAAACAGUAAUGGAGAGUCUUCACUCCCUUGAAACCAUUAGCGAGAAGAAAGAAACUGAAUAUGCCGAGCCUCUGAAAAAUCUAGCCAUAUGGGAGGAAGAUAGUGAGUCUACUGAAGAUGCUUUAGAUGAAGAAACACCGGAGCACCAUCCAGAAAAGAAUCUAGAUUUGCAGAAUAAAGCUCAGCUCAUACAGGUCUUUCCACCUUCCAGAACUCCUUCAGGAGAAUUUUUUAUUGACAAGGAAAGGUCUGAUUAUGCUUCUACAGAGUGCAUUCCAAACCAACUUUCAGCCAUACAGCAGAAUGUUCAGCCACUCCCUGCAGAGAUUGAAGGGAUAAGGAAAAGAAGAGGAUCAGUAAUGACUGUAAUAACUGGAGAACUAGAACGACGAAUCAUUGUCCAAGGUGAUAAUAAAUUGGUACCUGAUCACUUUGGCUCUGUGGUAAGAAAAGAGCCUAAUCUUUCCUGUAGUGUGCAAGAAAAAUCUAUGCUUUCACACUUGAUAUUGGAUCUCAAGGAGCACAACAUAGAUAACGAAUUAGAAAGCUUUUCUGAAAUACAAGACAUAUCUGGGGAUACCCCUGUUGAAGCCAGUUGCCAUAAUGAUUCAGCCCAGACUGCCAUGUUAUCUACCUCUUCAGCAUAUUCAGAAAAUAAAGAAAAUUUCACAGAACACUCAUACAUCAAGGAAAGAACAGAGGAUGUUUGCAGCAAACAGUCAACUGAUGAUAGCAUAAAAACAGACACUGAAGCGCAUCAUCUACCUCAGUUAGUCAAAUCCAGCUCUGAUGAAGUUGAGAAAAAGAUUGAAAUGAAAGAAGAUUCUCCCCCAUCAUCAGUAAAACAGAUUAGUCAGAAAGAUUUGAAAUCAGAAAUGAAUAAAAACAGAAAGCUACCUGUGCUGAAAGACACCAGAGCUAGCGAUAGCUCCCAGGAAGAAGCAAUAGAUCAGUGGGCCAGGAGACGGAAACAGUUCAAAGACAGCAAAAAAUGCAGUUCAACUGGAGGAAGCUCCAUAAACAGCACUAUCACUGAAGGAUCAAUAAAUUCAGAGGAUGCUCGGUCAGUAGAUCUGGGACUACAUUCUGAAAAUGAUGACAGCGGUUUCUAUACAGAAAACUUUCAUUCUGCUGCAUGGGUUUUCAGAGGAGAUGAUGUGUCUCCAGAUAAUAGCCCUAGAUGUCUCAGCAAAAGACCUAGACCAGUGGCAAUUCGUGAAAGAACAGUGAAGAUUGCUAAAGGAACUGGAAAUUACCCUUGGGGAUUCCGGAUCCAGUUCUCAAAGCCUAUUCUUGUGACUGAAGUUGACACAAACAGUGCAGCUGAAGAAGCAGGGCUCCAAGUUGGGGAUAUUUUGAUAGCAGUCAACGGAACCGAUGUCACUAGCAUGCCACAUUCAGAAGCUGCCAAUCUGGCAAGGAAAGGCCCUGAUAUCCUAACUAUGGUGGUGGGAUCAGAUAUCAGCCGUUACCCUAACACUCCCAGGCCUACCUGCCGAGGAUAUUUGCACAAAAGAACACAAUCAGCAAUAUUGAAGGGAUGGAGGAAGAGGUGGUUUGUGCUGAAGCAUAAUGGUUAUCUCCACUAUUACAAACACAAGAAGGAUGAAGGGAAGUGCAGACCCUUGGAAGUAACAAAGUUGGAAGGAGCAGAAAUUGGUGUUGACACGAGUCUGGGUAAACCCUUUGUUUUUAAGUGCAUACCUCAAAGUGGAAACAGGAUUUUCUACUUCUGUGCGACUUCUAACCAAGAAAUGAAGAGGUGGCUGGAGGCUAUGGAAAAAGCAGUGCAUCCUGUCCAUCAGAACCACGUGUGGGUAGAUGUCACGCUGCAUAAUACUGCAUUGCCACCCUUAGCCAUCAAAAACCCAGAGUGUCUGGGGCUCCUCCACCAGCUGGACAGAAGCAAAGAUGCCUGGAUUCAACACUAUUGCAUUCUGAAGGAUGGCUGCUUGUACUUCUAUGCCACUCUCCGCUCCACACCUGCCCAAGGUGGCCUCUACCUUCAGGGAUAUAUUGUGAGUGAACAGUCUCUGGGAUCCAAGAGAUCAGUAAUUGAACUCAAACCUCCAUCUGAAGAAUUUAAAACUUUCUACUUAUGUGCCGAAAAUGUAAAUGAAAACAAAAGAUGGAUUACAGCUCUGAAGGCUUCAAUUAAUAAAUGGUUACCCCUACACCAGGCAAUCCAAGAUUUCAUGAACAGGCCACUGGAGGAGACAAGGAUGUGAGAAGAAAGAAUUUUUUUUCAUGCUGUGUCUUUUGGUUCAUCUAGAAAGAUGUUCUAGCAGUAGGUAAAUUUUAAUAUUAGUAUUCAAUCAUUAACAAAUAAAAAUUAAAGCAAUUUUGUCUUC